UAUACACACUCCCAAGUCUUGCGCUCAUUUUACCUUUGCCUGAUUACAACAUUUAACCAAAGUCAUCACAUUCUUCUACAUACUGAAUAAUGACUGAAAGCACAAAUACCUGUACCUCUAGUUCCAUAUGCUUUGACGCGGUGAUUGUUGAAGAACAUGUGCGAUGCAGUACCACUGGAAACCAAGAGUAUCUAACGAUACCUAUUGAUGACAUAGUCUGUGUACUUCCUAGCGAUGGCGGCAACAAGUUCAAACAUACCAUGCUGUUUAUUCAGGGGAAUGAUACAUCCGGGACCAAGGAUCUGGGGAAUUCCACAAGGCUUGAGCGUAUCCAUCUUAAAUCGGCACCAUCUUCUCUUCUUUCCAGUCAUAUCUAUACCGAAACGGCCUCUCAUCUCAGGUCUUCUACAAACGGAGGCACAAGGGUUCAUGUUAUUAUUUCCACCGGCUCUGGAAUGGGCAUGGCGAAAUCGAUUUUCAGCCACAUUCUACAACCGCUCCUCGGGUAUCUUCGUGUAGCCGAGUAUGAAGUACAUGAAACAAAGUCAGCGUGCACCAUUACCGAAUUAUGCCACUCGUUGUUUAUUCCUCAAUCCGAAGCCGGUAUUUUACAAACCAUUAUUCUCUUAUCUGGUGAUGGAGGCUUGUGCGACCUUAUCAACGCCUUUUAUAAUUACCCAAUGACACUUCAUGUACCACCGAACAUUUCGCUCAUUCCGGUUGGGACAGGAAAUGCCAUGGCAAGCUCUAUUGGGCUUCUGGCUCAACCUAAAGCAGCGCUAAUGACAUUACUGCGUGGCAGCCCAGUCUCACUGCCGGUAUUUGCUGCAAGCUUCUCAUCUGGCGCUAGUUAUGUCAUUGAUGGUUGCCUGGACCGGGAACCCUUGAUAGGGGAAUCACCGUUACUUGAACAUCACUGCCCAAAAACAUACGGUGGUGUUGUUGCUAGUUGGGGAAUACACGCCGCACUGGUUGCUGAUAGCGAUACUGUUCAUUAUCGCAAAUUCGGUGCAGAUAGAUUUAAGAUGGCUGCAAAGGAGCUGCUUUUUCCAUCGGAUGGUAGCGAGACUCAUAAGUACAGUGGAAUAAUCACCCUUAUCCGAAGUUCUCACCAAGAGGGCAGGGAGUACGAGGAGAUUGUGGGGUGCAGGGAACACAUGUAUGUGCUGGCAACCUUGGUGUCGAACCUUGAAAAAGACUUCAUGAUCUCUCCCCAUUCCGCUCCUCUUGAUGGUCGUUUGCGAAUCAUACACUUCCCCCCAGUAUCACCAGAAAGGGCAAUGCAAAUUUUAUCCGCUGCGUACCAAAAGGGUCAACAUGUGAACGAUGAAAAUGUCAUGUAUUCUGAGAUUGAAGGAUUUAGGAUCGACUUCCAGGAGGUUGAUGGGCGAUGGAGGCGCGUUUGUAUUGAUGGUAAGGUGGUGGUGGUUGAGGAUGGAGGGUGGAUGGAGGUGCGCAAAGAACGGAGACGUCUGCUUAACAUCAUCUCGUCGGGCCCAUCCCCACGGGUAUGAAGCCGAAAGUUUUCAGGGUUGUUACCUCUUCAUAAAUCGAAGAGAUAGAGGCAAACAUUAGGAGGCAUCCAUGGAGCAGUAGUACUCGGUAUAUGACCCCCGUAUUUCUACUUUCCCGUCGGAUCCACUUGCGUAGAAUUGGAGGGCAC